AUGGACGAAUUACCCACUGAACUUCGUCGAGCUGUCUUUGAACAGUGUGACCGGGAAACUGUCAGGUCACUCCGACGAGCUUCUAAAGCAUGGGCCAAGAUUGGGGAAGAAUAUCUCCUUCCGUCUACUUUCACCACCUAUCCAUAUCGAAAUGAUACAGACCGCCUAGAUUCCAUCUCUCAAUAUGAGGGUCUAGCAAAACAAAUCCAGAGGCUAUGCUUAAAUCAUGGAGAGAUCAAUGAAUGGCAUGCUCGGCACAACACUUACUUCCUGAACUAUAUGCGAAAUUCAGAGGAAGUCUCAGAGGAGAUGGCAACAGCAUGGCAUCACUACAACAGCCUCAAAAAGCUGAUGGAGCUAUAUCACUUAAACUCCUGCACAAUUGAGCGGCUAGAGCCCAUCUUCGCUCGUCUCCCUAAUCUCCAAAGCGUCGAAAUCAGUUUAAUGAACUGCAUUUUCUAUCAAGAAGACGACCCGCUUGUCUUGAAGCAAAUCUGGAGUAUCCCGUCAACUCGUCGAGUACCACGCGAAGCUACAGUAGACCGAUUCACCAACAUACUAUUAGCUCUACAAACGAACGCUGUCACGCACCUUUCGCACGACAGGAUACCGUUCGAGUUCUUCGCCCAAAGCGAAGACGUCCUCGAAAAAGUCAUUCCUGUCUUCCAGCGCCUCACGUCUGUAAAGCUGUCUAUGGAUCUAAUCGACAGACCUAUAGACACCGAGUCCAACCAUAGCAAAGCAUUCAAAAACCUCUCUCGAUUCCUGCGCUCCACGACCGGUCUUCGAGCUCUAGAACUCGACUUCCAUGGCCGCCGAAAAGUAGAUCUCGAGCCUCUAUUCUCAUCUCUGUGCAGACAUGACUUUGUGUUCGAGCACUUGGAAGAACUCACUUUGAAAGAAUUCACAAGCACCGAGUUUGCCAUUGGUGAGUUCUUGGCAAAGCAAAAGUCAUUGAAGACGCUGCAUCUUGGAGGCGCGGGAGAUAAGCCUAAGCAUCAUCCGCCGUGCGGAGGGGUGUGGUUGGAUGAGGGGUCUUUUAAGGGGCUUUUUGAGAGAGUUGAUAGGGAGAUGGAACUAGAGAGCUUUUUGAUGCAGGGUGAUUUGCUAGGGCUAGAGAGUAAUGAGAGUUGGGAGCUGGAGGAGCCUGUUGCGUGGGAGGAUUUAGGUGAUGCGCCGGCCGAUAUACGUCCCAUGGCAGGCAAUACUGAUUGA